GAACUCCAUAAAUUUCAGCAGAAUCAGCCAAAUCAGCCGAUUUUCAUGAUGCCAAACAGGCUCUAAGAAUUAUACGUUUUAAACUAACUUUACAUCAACAUUGUCCUAUCUAUGUAUACCAUUACAUAUACAAUAACACAAACAUCAUGAGUGAUACCAUCACUAAUUAUGAUCUAACUAUGGUAUCUGUGUCCAACCAUUCUUAUUGUACACUAUCCUAUACCCACCAUGUCUGUGAAGAUUUUUUUGUCUAUGAAUACGAUUCAUAGACAAAAUAAUUUGCACAGACAAUUGUCUAUGAACGGGAUUCACAGACAAAAAUAAAACCUUGCACAAACAUGAUGGGGUACAAAAGUAAAUAUAAGGGUGAGUAUAACCUUUUUUUUUUAUCUGUGUCACAUAAAUCUUUCAGUUUUCCUCAUUUGAGAGAAAAUAUUAUUCCACCGGGAGAGAUAUCCGAGAAUGGGACUUGAAGACUUGAAGCCAUGCCACUCCAACGUGAUUUUUACUACUCCGUAUAUCAACUCCACCUUUCACCACACUGCCUCUCUUCAUUUUUCAUCUUCUUCCUCUCAAUUACCACAAUUCAAACUCUCCGAUCAUCCCUAACCAAUGGCCUCAUCUUCCGAACCCUUCUUCUCCUUCAUCAGCGCUUUCACCUUCACAGCAAGAAGAUUUUCAGCUUCCGCUGCCGGUUCAGCUACUAAAUCGGCGGCAGCGACGUCCGAGAAGGCGAGAACCCCCCAAAACCGGGAGGAAAUCGAAAUCCAGAGGAGGACUCACAUUUCCGUCGAGCGGAACCGCCGGAAACAGAUGAAUGAGUUCCUGGCGGUCCUCCGGGGGCUUUUGCCGGAAUCGUAUGUCCAAAGGGUCUCUCUCUGCUUUUUAUGCACUUUCUCCGGCGUUUUUUGUGAGAAUUUGAGUUUGCAUUUCACAUUUUCAUAUCAAUCUGAGCUUCUAGCCUUCUACCUCAUUUGAGAAAUUAUAUUAUC